GCUCCGAAGACAAUGCAAACAAACGAAGAAAUAUCUAUACACAAGCAGGUCAAAAACAAAACAUAUCAACUUCCACCACUUGAACGUAUCGAGUGAUUCAAAUUGGAAAAUAGUUUUGAUGUCAGUGUUUUCACGUUUGUCGCAUCGACCAGUAUCGAAGGGCUCGAGUGCGCGUGGUGAAAAGUGUGUAUGUAGCUCAGAAAAAAAGCUGAUUGUAUCUUGGCAUAAGAAUGAGUUAUAUGGUUGCAAUUUAUGCGUAGGAAUAUAUCAAUGAAAGUGAACAUUUUCAGUGGAUAAAGUGAAUCGUAUCUUUUUUCGUAGUAAAAUAGAGUGUUUUUUUUUAAAUAUUGUUAAGUUGACCUAAGAGAGUGUUUGUAGAAAUUUGUGCUAAAUAGAAUACGAGUCGAGUUUCUUGUGUGUAAGAAUGAGUGUGAUUGGUAAAAAAUUGAAUCCAAUUCAAGCGAGUGGUGGACACAGCGAUGAGAAUACCACCGCCAACACCACAACAACAACCAAUAAUCAACCAUCAAAGAUAACACCAGACGAUGUUCUACGGCUGACAACGAUUACAGAUGAUUACUUGUGUAGUUCAGAUGCGAAUAUAUUCGACAUUGAUUUUACGCGAUUUAAAAUACGUGACCUAGAAAGCGGUACGGUGUUGUUUGAAAUUGCAAAACCGCCAAGUGAACAAUUUCCCGAGGGCAGCGUCGAUGAAAACACUGUCACCAAAGAUGAUGUGAUAACAAAUGCUGACGAAACCAAUAAUAUCGAUUCGAAUGCGGGACGUUAUGUACGAUAUCAAUUCACGCCACAAUUUCUAAAGUUGAAGACGGUCGGUGCGACUGUGGAAUUUACGGUUGGAAUUAAGCCUGUGAAAAAUUUUCGGAUGAUAGAGAGGCAUUUUUUUCGUGAUCGCUUGUUGAAAACAUUCGAUUUUGAGUUUGGCUACUGCAUUCCACAUUCCAAAAAUACAUGCGAACACGUUUACGAAUUCCCCAGGCUAUCUGACGAUCUAGUGAGCGAAAUGAUUUCAAACCCAUUUCAAACACGUAGCGAUUCAUUUUAUUUCGUUGAUGAUUGUCUUGUGAUGCACAACAAAGCCGACUAUGCAUAUGACGGUGGAUUGAAUGCAUAAGCCACUCAUGUGGAGAGGAACCACAACAAAAGUAUAUCUUUUCUUUUUUGGCAUGUAAUUAACGAAAGUUCAAUUAUCAAUUUGCGAUCUGGAGCAGUUAUUUGCACAUCUUUAAAUGUAAGAAUUUGCAAAAUCAAACUAAAAAUAGUAUCAAAUGAUGAUGAUGAAGGUGAAGGAGUUAGAAAAAAAAUGUGCGAAUGGAAAAUUGUUAUUAUGCCGAUGGAUGACGCAUUUUCAUUAUGGAUACCCAUUUAAUCAGACAAAGGCAUUUGAUAUCGUGGCUAUUUAAGAAGUAAUUUCAUCGUGCGUGUGUCACACUAAAACUAAACAAGCCAGGAAAAUUACGUCAACGCAUUGACGAUUGACCCAAAAUAUUUUCGAAAAUUACUCUUUAAGUAGCUGUGAUUAAAUCAAAGAAAUUGGUGAGCCCUCCAGAAAUGGCAAACAUUUGCGUCACCUCCGCAUUCGUGUUGUAUUUUAAUCAUCAUCACCUAUUUUGCCUUAAUUAAAUUCUUUGUUGAAAAUAUUGUGCAAUAGUUUAUGGGACAGAUUCCAACGAAAAUUGUGUAGGUGAUUUAUACAAGUAUUUGAAGCUAGUUCUUUCUGUAUGAACUAUUAGUUAAUUUUUUUGGAAAGGUAUCAAUUGAAAAUUCUCGAAAUUUGUAUAGAGUAAAAGUUAGAUGUUUUUGUUGUAAAAAUUUCAUUCCAGUCGAUUUUUUGUUUUUUUUUCUCGUAAGUUUUUGUUUCACACGAGUUAUAUUUUUUAAGGUGAUGCACAAAUCUUAAUUCUGGUCAAUUGAGUUACAAUUUAAAUUUUAGUUAGAAUUUGUUAUCCCCCACCGAUGUGUGUUAAAACUGUCCACAGUCCACGUAAAUCUCUUGAGAUGAGUUUCUCUUCAGCGAUUUGGCUUUAGUUUAGAAAUAAGAAUGUUCGCGGAUAGCCUAAGAAAGUGGUAGAUAGAAAUGGCGAGACAAAGUGAGAGAAAGAAUGAGAAAAAUGUAAAAGACAAUUAACACACAGACACACACAAUAUGAAUACCGUUGCCCAACAACAAUACAAAAUGCCAAAAAUACACACCAACAACAACAACAAAUUUUAAUCGAUCAUUCUCGUAUAAGAUAAAGCGUUUAUUUUAACAAAUUGCAAUAGCCACGUAAUUGGAAAUUAAUAGAUUGAUAAAUAAAAACAGUUCCUUGCUUGAAAUUUGACUUCAAACGAAAGUGACAUGCAAAGCACACAAGCCGCAAAUAAAUUAUUCAGGUAUACACGCCGUUAGUCAUCGCUGAGAAAUAGGCAGAAUUUCCAAUUGAAAAGCAUUCCAUGCAACAAUACAGCUGCAACAUACACCAUAUUCAAACGGAGUUCUCUUUUUAAUUUUUAAAUCAUAUAAAAGACACGUUUCAUGUUUUACGAAUUUACAGGAGUUUCAAAGAAACACAAUUCUUUCAAUCAUUCAAUUGUAUUUAUCAAAUACUCAACAACAACAAACCAAGUGAUUGUAAUAUAAACAAAACCAAAAUGAAAAAAAAACCACUGCACUGCGGACAACAGGUUUAGCUGAAAUCUAAAUUGUACAUGUAAAAAUUAUAGCGACAUUCAAUAAAAAUGUAUGUAAAUUGAAAUUCGA